AAGGGGCUGGCUGCGUGAGGUAAAGCAUGGCUGCCAAGCCAAACAAUGGAUCGGUGGCUCUAACCAAGAGAGCUGAUCCAGCUGAAUUGAAAACAAUAUUUUUGAAGUAUGCGAGCGUUGAAAAAAAUGGUGAAUUUUACAUGUCUCCUAAUGACUUUGUUACACGUUACCUGAAGAUAAUAGGGGAUGGUGUACCCAAUCCUUCCACAGUCCAGCUGCUUGGAGGCGUGGUGGAUCAGACUAAAGAUGGGUUGAUAUCCUUUCAAGAAUUUGUAGCCUUUGAAUCUGUCCUUUGUGCUCCAGAUGCACUGUUCAUGGUGGCAUUUCAGCUUUUCGACAAAACUGGCAAAGGAGAAGUAACUUUUGAGGAUGUUAAACAGGUUUUUGGCCAGACCACAAUUCACCAGCACAUUCCCUUUAACUGGAAUUCAGAAUUUGUGCAGCUUCAUUUUGGAAGAGAUCGGAAAAGACGCUUAACGUAUGCAGAGUUCACCCAGUUUUUGCUGGAAAUUCAGUUGGAACAUGCAAAACAAGCAUUUGUACAGCGAGAUAACGCUCAAGCUGGAAGAGUCACGGCCAUUGAUUUCAGAGACAUUAUGGUCACCAUCCGGCCUCACAUGUUGACACCUUUUGUUGAAGAAUGUCUAGUUGCUGCUGCUGGAGGUACCACUUCUCAUCAAGUCAGUUUUUCCUAUUUUAAUGGAUUUAAUAGCCUUCUUAAUAACAUGGAACUCAUUAGAAAAAUCUACAGCACGCUGGCUAGAAACAGAAAAGGCGUGGAAGUCACUAAAGAGGAGUUUGUUCUGGCAGCUCAGAAAUUUGGCCAGGUUACACCCAUGGAAGUUGACAUCUUGUUCCAGUUAGCAGAUUUAUAUGAGCCACGGGGGCGCAUGACGUUAGCUGAUAUUGAAAGAAUUGCUCCUCUGGAAGAGGGAACGUUGCCGUACAACCUGGCAGAGGCUCAGAGACAGCAAGCUCCCGGUGAACUGUCUCGACCAAUUCUUGUCCAGGUGGCAGAAUCUGCCUACAGGUUUGCCCUUGGUUCCAUUGCUGGAGCUGUUGGAGCCACUGCAGUAUAUCCAAUCGACCUUGUGAAAACCAGAAUGCAGAACCAGCGCUCCACUGGGUCUUUUGUGGGGGAGCUGAUGUACAAGAACAGCUUCGACUGUGCUAAGAAAGUGCUGCGCUACGAAGGCUUCUUUGGGCUCUACAGAGGUCUUUUGCCACAGUUAUUGGGAGUAGCCCCAGAGAAGGCUAUCAAGCUUACUGUAAAUGAUUUUGUGAGAGACAAAUUUAUGAACAAAGAUGCUUCUGUUCCUUUCUCAGCGGAGAUUCUUGCCGGUGCCUGUGCCGGCGCAUCGCAAGUGAUUUUCACCAACCCGUUAGAAAUUGUCAAGAUUCGUUUGCAAGUGGCGGGAGAGAUCACCACCGGCCCACGCGUUAGUGCCCUCACAGUACUGCGUGACCUGGGAUUUUUCGGCCUGUACAAGGGGGCCAAGGCCUGCUUUCUCCGCGACAUCCCCUUCUCUGCCAUUUAUUUCCCAUGUUAUGCUCACAUGAAAUCUGCGUUUGCAAGUGAAGAUGGGCGGGUGAGCCCUGGAUAUUUGCUUCUAGCUGGAGCAAUAGCUGGCAUGCCCGCAGCGUCCUUAGUGACCCCUGCCGAUGUCAUCAAGACGAGGUUGCAGGUGGCAGCCCGCGCGGGGCAGACAACCUACAAUGGAGUCAUCGAUUGCUUUGGCAAGAUCCUGCAAGAGGAAGGGCCACGGGCUUUUUGGAAAGGGGCAGGAGCUCGUGUCUUUCGCUCCUCUCCUCAAUUUGGGGUGACCUUGGUGACCUACGAGCUGCUGCAGAGGUGGUUUUAUAUCGAUUUUGGAGGAAUAAAACCAGCAGGAUCUGAACCUGUUCCGAAAUCAAGGAUUACUCUACCCGCUCCUAAUCCUGACCACGUGGGGGGCUACAAACUUGCCGUUGCCACGUUUGCAGGGAUUGAAAACAAAUUUGGACUUUACUUACCUCGGUUUAAAUCCUCGCCAUCUACCUCACGGGCAGCAUCGGUAGUUUGAUCCUAAAAUGGCUUUUACCAAAAGCUG